GUUGAUAGAAUCUCAUUAAGUUACCAAGUAAUAAUCUUCACACCAGUGAGAGAAUCCUACUCUUCACCAAACUACAUCUCUCUCUAUAUAAUUAACAAACCCCAAAACCUCUCAACAAACACACACAGAAUAACCACAGCAAUGGCUACUUCAAGAACACUCAUUUCCUCCAAUCUUUUCAUCUUCUUCCUCGUUAUGGCUACUACAAAUGGUCAGGCUCCAGCUCCGACCCCUUCAGGUCCAACCAACAUUACCGCAAUCCUAGAAAAAGCUGGUCAGUUCACACUGUUCAUAAGGCUUCUCAAAAGCACUCAAGCCUCAGACCAAAUCAACACUCAGCUCAAUUCUUCCUCGAGCAAUGGCUUAACCGUGUUUGCCCCUACCGAUAACGCCUUCAACAGCCUCAAAUCAGGAACCUUAAACUCAUUGUCCGACCAGCAAAAAGUUCAGCUUGUUCAGUUCCAUGUCCUUCCCACGCUCUUGACCAUGCCUCAGUUUCAAACCGUUAGUAACCCCCACUAGCUCCGGUAACCAAGUCAACAUCACCACCGGAGUUGUGAGCGCCACCGUGGCUAACUCUGUCUACAGCGAUAAGCAGCUCGCCGUUUACCAGGUCGAUCAAGUUUUGCUGCCAUUAGCGAUGUUCGGAUCAAGCGCGGCUCCUGCUCCGGCGCCUGAGAAAGGUGGAUCAGUUUCGAAAGGUUCAGCUUCCGGUGGCGAUGAUGGAGGAGAUUCUACUGAUUCAUCUGAUGCAGAGAGAAUCGGAUUCGGAUUUGGGGUCAGAAUCGCUACUGUGGCAGCCAUUGCUGCUGCUUCUUCUCUGUGGAUAUAACUCGAGGGAGAGAGAGAGCUUUUAUCGAGUCUCCACAUUGGAAAUUUUUAAGAAUAACAACGAGAACUAUAAAUUUGUUGUACUUUGGGAUUUGUGUUAUUAUGUGUUAUUGUUUUGAUUGGAAAUGAUGCAACAUUACGAUUAAGAUU